AAUGAAAGACAGUCGAAUCACACAAUCACUUUUUAUCACAAAACAUAUAUCCUUGUCGAAUCACACAUUCACUUUUUAUCACAAUUUGUUGUGAAACAGAUAACCUUGUUGAAGCACUUAUCAAAGACAGAGACCCCAAUUCGAAACAGACUCACUGAUUUUUGUGAACAACUUUCAACUCCAACCCAAACCAGCUCAUUAGGGUUUGAAUCCCCAAUUCAACUCGGUUCUGGGCCUAGUUUGGGAGCAUUGAUAGCUGGUGGCGCUGCUGCUGCGGCUGCAGCUUAUGGGGCCCACCAGCUAUCACAGGGUGCCCAUAAUCUUACCCAUGGAGGUUUCUAUGGUCGUCAAGGAAAGUUUAAGCGUGGGAAGCAUGGAAGGUUCGGAAAGCGUGGGGGAAAGUUCAGAAAAUGGAAGUGAUUAUCACUCACUAUUUAGUAGUGCUGUUUAGGCUUGCAGUGACUGACUAUUGUCUUUUUUAUUUUUAAAUUUAAUGAUUCUGGAUACAGUUUGGGAGUUAUGACACUAGCAUAUGUGUAUAAUUACAAAUUUC